CAAAUAAAACGACGUCGUUAAGCUCCUUAUUAUUACGCCAAGUUUGUUUUGCUUUGCCAAUAGCGUCCUUAAAUGUCGGUUAUGGAAGCCAUUCCCGCCAACCCUGCAACCUCUAGAGCUCUACAGCAGUACCUCUUCUCUCUAUUACAGAGCUGUAACUCCAUAAGAAAACUUACCCAAAUUCAUACCCAAAUACUUGUUCACGGGUUCAACCAAAAAAGCUACAUUCUUGUUAGAUUAUUAUCAUUCUAUGUAUCUUCUGGGUGUCUCCAUCAUGCCCUCAAAGUUUUUGAAAAUGUCGAAAACCCAAGUACUACUGUGUGGAACCAGAUAAUUAGAGGCCAUUCCAGAAGCGAAACUCCCCGAAAAUCUGUUCAAUUAUAUAAUCGGCUGGUAGGUGUUGGGGCUGAGCCUGAUGGGUUUACUUAUUUGUAUGUUCUUAGUGCUUGUGCGAGGUCAGGGUUGGUGAGAGAAGGGGAGCAGGUGCAUGCGAGAGUUUUGGCAAAUGGGUUUGGUUCUAAUGUGUUUGUCCAGACGAGUUUGGUUAAUUUGUAUGCAAUUAGUGGAGGGUCAGGGUGUGGCGUUGAGGAUGCACGCCGGGUGUUUGACGAUAUGAGUGAGAGGAGUGUUGUGAGUUGGAAUUCACUGCUUGGGGGGUAUAUAAGGUGUCGGAAUGUUGAUGGGGCGCGGCAAGUUUUUGACGAGAUGCCAGAGAGGAAUAUUGUCUCGUGGACGACCAUGAUUGCGGGGUGUGCUCAAAACGGGAGGUGCAAGCAAGCUUUGUCUUUGUUUGGUCAGAUGAGGAGGUCCAAUGUGGAACUUGACCAGGUGGCGCUAGUGGCAGCGUUAUCGGCCUGUGCUGAAAUAGGGGACUUGAAAUUGGGAAGGUGGAUUCACUGGUACAUUGAAGAGAGACUGUGGAUGAAGUCCGAGCCACGGUUGGUGACUUUGUACAAUGCACUCAUACACAUGUAUGCCAGUUGUGGUUUAAUUGAAGAAGCCUAUAAAUUGUUCAAUCAGAUGCCAAGAAGAAGCACUGUCUCGUGGACCAGCAUCAUCGUUGGGUUUGCAAAGCAGGGUCGAGGGGAGGAAGCUCUUCAUAUCUUUCAAUUGAUGCUGAGCUCGGGAGUUGAUGAUGUAAGACCUGAUGAGAUAACUUUCAUUGGUGUCUUGUGUGCUUGUAGCCAUGCUGGAUUAGUUGACGAGGGCCGUCGAAUUUUCAAGUUCAUGACGCAAACUUGCGGACUUACCCCAAGGAUUGAGCACUAUGGGUGCAUGGUUGAUCUCUUGAGCCGAGCUGGUUUUCUAGAAGAAGCACAUAUGCUUGUGGAGACUAUGCCCAUGAAUCCAAACGAAGCUGUGUGGGGUGCUCUCCUUGGCGGUUGUAGGCUUCACAAGAAUGCUGAGCUCGCAUCACAUGUGGCUAAAAAAUUGACAGUUGCACUUGACCCUGACCAAGCUGCAGGUUAUCUUGUGCUCUUAUCAAAUGCGUAUGCCUCUACUAAAAGAUGGCUAGAUGUUGCUUCUGUGAGGCAGAAAAUGGUUAAGAUGGGCGUGAGAAAGCCCCCAGGCCGAAGUUGGGUUCAAAUCAAUGGAGUUGUUCAUGAUUUUGUGGCAGGUGAUAGGACCCAUAAGCAUGCAUCUGUAAUCUAUGAGAUGCUUGGUGAAAUCACCAGGCCAUCACUGCAGGAGGGCUCCAAAUCAGACAUAUCAGAUAUGCUUUCCCAUGCUGCAGAAUAGCAAGAAAAAUAUGUCGACAUCUCAUUCAGCUCUCUCUCCCUUUUGAAUUGGGAAAGCGUCGGGUCAAUUUUCCUGCAAUGCAAUCUGCCAUGCUACUGGCAACAUCUUGUCUGACAUACGCUGAAGUAACAAAGACACCUAAAUUAUAAUGAGCUUGCACCAGUUCAUGCUUUCCAAGAAGGCAAAGUGCCUCAUGCAUGGCUUGCUCCUAGGGUUACUUGAAGCUUUGGUCAUACACCAAGGCAAGGCAAGGAAUGAGAUACCAAAUAUGCAUUCCCAUUGCUUCUUUGCUCAGGUCACCCACCUAUUGAGGACAAGCAGGACCAAAGCAAAAGCCUUUUUCAUGGGCCUGUUUAGGCCCAAAAACUAAAUUAAAACCAAACCAACAAACCCCACCAAGGAAGCAAAGCCGUGUUCAACAACUCCUUUAUAUACACUUGGCGGGUUAAAUUUCAAGAAAUAAAGUCUUGAGAGCAUCAAAUCAAAACCCGGUUUAAAACACGCCCGUUCUGUAACUGUCCUGUCGGCGAAGAUAGAAAA